UUUUAAAGAAAAACUAUUUCCUCAAACUCUCGGAGCUGCUCUUCGUCUCCUUCCCCUCGGACCUCCUCUAAAACCCUAACAAAACCACCAUCUUCAAGUUGAACCACCACCCUUAGUCGGCGGCGCCUGAUCUCCAACCACCUCUCGUCCUCCUCUGCCGCUGCUAUUCUCGGUGUUGACGACAAUUAGAUAGAAGGAGAAAAUGAAGCCAUUGGUGGGGGUAGUAGUCUCAAACAAGAUGCAGAAAUCAGUAGUGGUGGCAGUGGACCGUCUUUUCCAUCAUAAGCUCUUCAAUCGAUAUGUUAAGAGAACUAGCAAGUUCAUGGCCCAUGAUGAGCAAAACCAGUGCAAUAUUGGUGACCGGGUUCGAUUGGAUCCCUCAAGGCCACUUAGUAAGCGAAAAAACUGGACUGUUGCUGAGAUUUUGAAGAAAGCACGUAUAUAUACACCACCGAUAGUAGACAAAAUCAGUAAAUCAAGCAGCAGUACUGAAGCUUCCUCAACUCCAUCAGCUUAACUCUUUUCAACUUUGUUUUUAUGCUACAUCUGGUUUCCUUAAGUGCAUUUCUGGGCAAUAGGGCUGUAGUUAGUCACAAAGAAGUACUGGUAGCUGAUUUUGCUCUUUACAUUGUUUACUACUGCAGUUUCCAAUCUUUGAUGUAAUUUUGGUAGUUCAACAUUUCAUCCAUUGUAUUACCAGGAGCUAAUCUUUUUGUCUUUUUAAUGGAUGCUGUGAUUUUCCAAUUCUCUCUAUAAAUAAAUGGAGCAAUGAGUAUGAUACCAGGUUAAA